AUUCACAUCUUAUAGGUCUUUUAAUCUUUUGUAUUGUAUAGACUUUUAUAUAUAAGUUCAAAUGUAUACUUCUAUUUCAGAUCUGUUUGAACUACUGAAAGAAUCAUGUGAAAUAAAAUUAAAAGUUAUACAAACGUCCUUCUAAUAUACAUUUUAUUCUUUCAAAUAAACAUGUUGUUGUGUCGCCAGCAUGUCACUCCCCCUUCGUAAUUGUUGGCAACGAGUGCUUAUACUUCCACGAGGGUUAUAUGAACUGGAAUGAUGCCAAAGACUACUGCAGGAACCUGAGCAGUUCAGAAUCCCAACUCAGAUCUGGCAACAGUGGACGCUGUGAGCAACUUGGUGAUAUUCAUCAACACAUCCUCUUGGAAUAUAGCCCACUGUGGCACUGGAUAGGUGGCACUGAUUCAUAUGAAGAAAGCGACUGGCACUGGUUAACCGGUGGUACUGUACCUGUGAGUACCCCAUUCUGGUAUCCUGGACACCCUCUGCUUAAUACAACUUUGAACUGCUUGGCCCUGCAGCAAUUCACAGGGUAUUUUUUUGAUUACAGUUGCACUUCUCACGGACCCUUCAUCUGCGAGGAAUUUUCCGUCGCUACCUGAAAUAAAUAAUGGAGACAUUGUAAAUUAUUAGCCAAUUAAAACAGGAUAACAAAGAUUGAAGUAUGUUCUCACAUAUAUGCAUUAAUGCACUAAUUGCUUCUUUCAAAACAUUACUGUUUCAAUCUAUUUAUGGGAAUAAAUAUAUAUAAAACUGCA